AUGGCUUCCCGAUCCAACAACUCUGUGGUCAUCAUCGGUUCCGGCCCUGGAAUUGGUUCCCACACUGCUGCGAUCUUCGCUUCCAAAAGAUUCAACAAAGUGGCUCUUGUGGCUAGAAACCCAGUCCAAUUGGAGAAGGAUGCUGCUUUCGUAAACAGCGCUGCUCCAGGACAGGUCGAGGUCAAGACUUAUCCCACCGACAUCACCGAUAGCAAGAGGCUUGAGACUACUCUUGCGCAGAUCACCAAUGAUCUUGGAACCCCAGAAUUCGUCUUGUUCAACGCUGCUAUCAUUGCCCUGACUCCCCUGCUGGAAUUUGACGAUGAGAGCAUCCUUCAGGACUUUAAGAUCUCCACUAUUGCCCUUCACAACACCGCCAAGUGGGCAAUUCCUCAGCUCUCCGCUCUGGCUAAGCAGGACUCCACUGCUAAGCCCACUCUGAUGGUCACCAACUCUCACCUUCCUGAGACUCCUCUUGAGGACCUCUUCUCCCUCUCUCUUACGAAGGCUUCUCAGAAAAACCUUACUGUGUCACUUCGCCAGAAGUUUGCCGAUUCGGGCAUCCACAUUUGCUUGCUGGCGGUUGCUGGUAAUGUUGCAGACGAGAACCCCAAUCUCAACAACAAGAACGUCUCAAGCAAGGCAUGGGAUUUGUAUAGCCAGGAGAAGAGCGCUUGGACCGAGGAGAUCCGAAUUAACCCAUAAAUGAGCGGAAAUGACCAGCAAUUAGUUAGUUGAGCGAAAAGUCGCUAUAUAGACAUUGGUACUUAGACAUUGUUAGAGAUAUACUGUUAGAGAUGAACAAACAAAAUUACUAAU